AAGGUGCUGUAAAGUAACAAAGUUUCCCAUGGCACCUCCGCGAGUCCUUCAGCCUGUGAGCGGCUGUUUCUGAGUGCGCGGCGCGUGAGUGUAUGUGUACGGUUUCAGGCUGAAUGGGACGGCCACCUAUGUCUCCAUUUAGAACGGUGGGACUGUAAGUGUAAUGCACCUAAGUAAUAUUUGUGCAUCGUGGGCAGGUCCGGCUCUGCUUGGGGUACUUGUUUACUUUCAUUUCUGAAAUAUCACAGAAUGCUUGCACUUGAUGGAAUUUGUCGCUGUUGGACUUUUUUAAUUACUGCGUUUUAAAAACUGUAACAGCUUCAAACAAAAUUUGACCUUUCGCAGCGUACUGGGAUUGCAGUGCGUGCAUAAAACUGUGGCAUUAUCUGUAAAAAUUACAUCCCAUGUUAUGUUUAAAAUAAGUCAUUAGAUUGAUUUCCACCUGCUAGGUAAUGACAGACUGCGUGUCACGGUGUAGAUCAAGCAUUUAAGCGUACUGCAGGUAGAUUCUGUCUGUUUUGAGCUGAUAACAUAUACUAGGAGAAAUGAGUACUGCUCGACCAAGUUUCCUUUCUCAACCUGUAGUGAAGAAUGUGAUGAUCUAUCGAAAUGGAGAUCCCUUUUACCUGGGCAGAAAGCUGGUGAUUAACGAAAAGAAAGUGACUAGCUUUGAGGUGUUUCUCAGAGAGGUGACAGGUGGGGUACAGGCACCUUUCGGCGCCGUCCGAAAUCUUUAUACCCCACGACAAGGGCAUCGAGUAAACAAGUUGGAAGACCUGCAAAGCGGAGAGCACUAUGUGGCAGCUGGUGCUGAAAGGUUCAAAAAAUUGGAUUACAUCCAGAUUGGGCUAAAGAAGAAAAUACCAAUACAGUCCAAUGCAGAGAUAAAACCAGUAACCCAUAGUAGAAUUAUUGCAUCUGCAAGAUUCAAACGACCAGUCCAAGAACCAUGCACAAUUUUCUUGAUUAGUAAUGGAGAUGUGCUAAACCCUGCAGUUCGACUUUUAAUUCCAAGGAGAUUUCUUGCCCCGUGGGAAAAAGUCCUUGAAAUGGUUACAGAGAAAUUAAGUAACAGAACUGGAGCUGUUCACAGGCUGUAUACAUUAAAUGGCAAGCUUGUGUCUGAUGGAGCAGAACUGGAAAAUGGACAGUUUUAUGUAGCAGUGGGCAGGGACAAGUUCAAGAAGCUGCCCUACAGUGACUUGAUUUUCAGUAAGCCUGCAUCCAGAAGACAUAACGGGUCAAAAGCUGCUUCCCUACCUCCAAUCACUGGAUCAAAUAAAUACAAGGACGGGGUGAAUGACCGUCAAGUGAAAUCUGGAGGGGAAUCAACUAAUGUAGGAGAUGCUGUGUUAUCUCCUCAAAUGUUGAAGAGAAAAGGGAAAAAGGAACCAUCUGCAUUAGAAGAAGGAACAUAUUUUCACAGAAGACAUUUUGAAAGGGUGCCAAACAAAAAUUAUGACUUUGAGAUUGAAGAAGAAGAUGCCUUUGUAGAUUUCCCGAAUGGCACCAGGAGAUAUAGCCUAAGCCGUAUUUUACACUCUUCUCACAGAGACCAUGAUGAUGGGGUGUUUAAAGCUUAUCAGAGAUCACAGACACCAGGCGCUGUAGAAGUCCAGGAAGAUGAAGAAACACAGGUGGAGCUUCCAGUUGAUCAGAGGCCAGCAGAAACUGUAGAAGAAAAUCUCAGUGAGGAACUCCCUGAAGAAGGGAAGAUUAGUAAGGAAGAGGAGAACCUUCAACCUGAAGACACCUCUGUUAAUGUACCGAAGGAUUUCCACGAUAAUGAGAAAGACGAUUUUCCAGUAAAAGAAAUUCCCAGUGAUAUAAUGUUGAAUCCUGACAUCAGAGAUUCUUAUGAAGGUUUCAAUGAACUCACUGGAGGUUUAUAUAAUGAUCAAGAAAAACAAGAAAAGGAGGAAGAUGAAGAACAAGAUGACCAUAAUUCAUCUGGCUACACAGAAAAUGAGCGCAGUGUAGAGCUGGUUAGGCAUCAGCAGGAGAAUGAUUCAGAUGAAGCUAAAUAUGUUUAUACAGAAGAACGUGAGAGGCUAGUAGAAACAGUAGAUGAAGAACCCACUGAGGGGACACCUGAGAAAGGUAGUAAUGGUGAUGAAGAUGAGGAUCUUCAACCUGAAACCACAUCACUUAGUGAGCAGAAUUUCCAGGAAAAUGAGAGAGAAGAUUUUCCUUCUGUGGAGAUUCCUGAUGGCAAAUUAUUGAACACCGACAUCAGUGACCCUGAUGAGGAUUUAAUUGAACCUAAUAGAGAAGGUGGUCUGUACCAUGAUGAAGAAGAGCAGGAAGAAGAAGCAGAAGGAGAAGCUGAUGAUGAAGGUUCAUCUCAGCACAUAGAUGGGGAAGCUAGUGUGGAUCUAGGGCUAGAGCAUCAGCAGGAGGAGGAAGAAGAAGAAGAAGAAGAAGAAGAGGAAGAGGAAGAAGAGUUGACUGAAAACAGAUCUCCUUAUAUAGAAGAAAAUGAGGAUCAGUUGUCUCUGAAAAGGUCAUCUCUAGUGACUCCAGAUGAUGAACUUACAAACCCUCCAGAAAGUGAAAGGCAGAAGUAAACAGAAGCAGUUGUGAAAACAUUUGAAGAAUAUGCCUUUGGAAAUUAAUAGACAAUAUUAUGUCACUGUAAUUACUAGAAAUGCUUAUGCUACUUGAAAUGUCGGAUGCUAAAAAUAUACAUUUGAUAAUGGUCAAGUUUAUAUUAACCAACCAAUGCUAUAACAUUUAAAUUUCCAUGAACACUUAGGGAAGUAGUGCAUAGUAAAUCUGAAGUGAUAUAUUUACAGUGCCUAAAUGCACCUGCAAUAGCAGCAACAUUCACAGUUGUAGGCUUCUGGAAUCUUAUAUAAAUGGAAAUUUUGAUUAGUGUGCAUAUACUUAAAAACUACUAAGCAAAGGGUUGCCGCUAUGAGACUUGUUGGACACAUGUUUUGCAGCUGCAUUCAUUCCCAUUCAGCAGUUUUAUACCAUUUUCGUAAAGCUUCUAGUAGAUUUUUAGUCUAGAAUAUUACAAUUUAUAUAAAACAAAUGUAAUG